CUGCACAACGCCAACCUUCUCCUCUCUCAUCCACCUUGUCCUCGUUUGCCUGCAGACCCCUCGUUAUCCCUCUAUUCGACCAUAGUUCCUUCUACCUGUCGCUCGUUUUUGGUAGUGAAGGGUUAUCGCUAAUCGCCAACUACUUUGUUAACCUGUUGACCCCUUGUUGACGCCCGCGAAUACAUAGUUCUCGAUCCGGCACUGUCACCACUCCACGUCCGCCUUCGAUCAUCUUAGGAAGGAUUUCUAUUCUCUUCUGAGCCGCCUGUUGGAUCAUUCACACGGAAGGAAAUGAGGCCCUCUCAGUUGUUCGCGGCCGCAGUCGCUCUAUCAUCCGUCUCCGCGGCAUUGAGCGAUGUCUUCCCUGGCGAGAGAAACGCAGUGGGCCAGGUCAAAAACGUGCUAUACGGCCGACAAGACAACCCAGAUUCACAGUCCGAGACUUCCCAGCCCUCCCAGACUCGCCCCACCGGCACCCAAACCCAAGACGACAAGCCCUCAAAUACAGGCGACGCAGAGGCAUCCGACAAACCGGAAGGAUCAUCCAAGCCCGAACAGACCGACAAGCCCACGGGAACAACCGACCCGUCCGCCAGCAAAGCCACGACGAAGAAGCCCAAAUCCACCGAGUUCGACCCCCGCCUUCCAGCCGGAGGCAUCUCGAUGAUCACGCCGGCCGCGCUGGCUGGACCGCAGUACUACAAGGUCGGCGAGUGGGUAACCUUUGCUUGGAACUACACGUCUCUAUCCGUGACACCGUCGGCCAUUGACGUGCUGGCGUCAUGCUCGGCCAACCAGGCAACCUACACACUGGCAGUCAACCAAAGUGUCCAGGAAACGGGAGUCGUGCUCUGGGAUACGGGCGCGUAUCAAAGUACAGCCAAGGUGCCACUCCUGACGGAAAUGUAUACAUUGGUCAUUUACGACUCCAACGGUAGCCCGACCGAUACCCCUAAAGCGGGCUAUCUGGGUGCAUAUAAGCAGUUUAUCUUUGGCAUGUACACGCCGCAUGCGUAUGUGCCGCUCAAAGAUUUUACAUGCCCGAAUUGCAACCCCAACGCCGCGUUUUCGUCCAUGGAAGCCCUUACGCUCAAGAUGCUCGGUUUCACGUGCAUGACGACGAUGGCUUCGCUGGUUUACUUUGCGUAUAGCUUUGGCGUGUUCUGAGCGUAGCGACUCCCCUCGGUUUCCGACUUUGACAUCGAUUGAGCCAUUCUUUCAUCGACCAGAGCAUCGUUUCCAUCGCAUCGCAUCGCAUCGCACCCUGUUUUUUAUUCUGUCUUCGGCAUGUGCAUAUUAUAUACACUCCUUUUAUCAAAAGAUUGGGCUGGGUUGCAGGAUCGGGAAGGGCGGGCGUUGGACAGCAUACGCGGGGUUUCAUUCAUUCUUUUGGGCAGCGCGGGGCGUUUUUGGGUUGCAAGUGUUGGGUAAGGGUUGGUUUAUUAUAAGCGUUUAAUAUGUGUUGAUUUGGCCGUUGAGAAUGGACGAAAGUAGUGAAUUGAUUGGUAAAGGAAAGGGUGCGAAGAGUAGGAGAUGGAGCAGGGGUUGGGUGAAUGGGAGAAUCAAAUGAGGAGUAAUGCAUGAUGAUGCCUCUGGUAACGAGGAUUUAAUCGGAUAUAUAACUUAAUCUCCCACUGAAUCAAUGUACCCGUCCUUAUUUGUCA